CGGAUCAUCAGUUCUUAUGAAGCAUCACAAGCCAAGUAUAGGGGAGAAUAAUUUUAGCAUCGACAGACUAAUUACAUCUCAAACAAGCAACCAGUUUGACGAUGAUUCUGCUGUUCUACUGGCCUGUGAUGCGCUAUCAUGCUCGCCUCGCGUUCAAGACAGUUGUGUCUUGGCUGCAAAAAUUGGAAAGUUGGAACCCAUUUUGUUGGCGUCUAUGAAUGGUAAAAUAUACCCCUUUCUCGCAGCAUCAGAAAAUAUUAUUGAUGUAUUAUCUGAUAAUCCGACUGGCUCUUGGAGUCUACCAACCGUGAACAAAGCAGUUACAACAGACAGUUCUCUUUCAACAAAUACAGACGACCUAUUCAAGUAUAUUGUUCGUAUAAGUCCGAUCUACAGACAUAUAGCUGAUCAGCAGUACGUUGAACUCACUAAAGAAAUCACUCAAGAAUUGAGCAAAGACUGGGCCUUCUUUCCACAACUUAGAUUCGCAACAUCACAUAUUUUCGCAGGAAGUAUUCUAUUGAGUGGGCCAACGGCAUUACUUGUAAACUGCGUUGAGUCCUAUGGUAGAUCAAAAAUAGUUGACUCGCAUCAUGAACGUAGAACAGGUUCAACAAAUCACCAAUCUUCGUUUCCAAAAACACAAUCAAAAUAUGGAGAGAUAGUAGUUUGCCUGACUCAAGACGAUAAUACCACCAAAUUGAAAAUUGGGGCUUCCAGUUUUAAUUUAUUGGUGACUUCAAGCACACGUUUGGACAAGCGAACUAUAACAAAUGCGACAGUUGAAACGGGACCUAAUACUAGCAACUUUGUGCCACUGCCAGAAACAAAAAUAUAUCUCAAUACAGAACACUUAAAAAUGGGAAAAAUAAUGCUUGAAGAUGAUACAAUUACAUGUAUUGGCCAGAGUUAUAUAUUUUUUCAACUUCGUCAGUUAAGAUCGAAAUUUUACUGCCUAUCAACUUAUUCGCUAUGCCGAGCCUUCAGCUCAAUUAUAUCUGACAUCUCCUAUCGCCCAUAUACCAUUUGGACGCUUUGCGAAUAUGAUUCUUCUCAAUCAUUAGAUUCGCAGUCUCAAAAGCUUUCAAGGAUGUUUCAAUCGAUUGCUUCAGAGGUCUUUAAAAAUGGUUCUGCAGCAUAUAUUGAAGUGAUGCUCUUUCAUGAAUUGCAUAACACCUUGAAAGAAGGAAAAGUAAAAGAUACAAUUGGAGAAAUCAUUAGUUUACAAGAAAAUGGUGUGGUUCCAGUGAUCAACAACUUGAAUUUGAGUCGUUUAUUGCAGGAUUUAGCAGAUUCAAUGACAACGUCUAUAAGCAAUGCAAAUAAAACAGCUGCUAAAUUGUUAUCCCAGCAUCUCUACAAUUAGAUGUCAAAUACCUUCAACAUUAUACCUAUCGAUAUAAACUUUUUCAUCAAGUAAAGCAAGAAGUAAAAUCUAUACAAGUAGCUGACGUUAAGUUACCAUUUUAUCAUGUGCAACUUUUUGAUAUGUGCUUAAAUUGUAAGGAUUGUUCUUAGUUACGCCUCAUUCACUUUGUUUUGUCAGGUGUCUUUUUAUAUAAAGUUAUAAGUCAAAAUAAAUAGAGAGUAAAAGAAUGAUGAUUUAUAAACUAUCAUUUAAUUU